ACAGUUUGAAUUGCAAAAAAUAUUGACUUGUUGGUUUUGGUUUUGGUCGUGUGUUUUCUGUUUAUUUAGUAAUUUGUUUAUACACCUAGCGGCAAAAAAAAUAUUUUUAACUUUUUAAAUAUUUACUCAAGUGAAAGUAAACAACAAUUUAAACAAUCAUAAUGUGCCGGAAUUCCAAUUAGAUUCCUUCAAUGUAACACCAGCCAAGUUAUCGAAUUUCGAAGUUAAUGUCGGCGGCAAUUUAAAAGGAUCCUUCUGCAGGAAAAGUCAUAAUUCCUAUUUCCUAUCAGAAAAUCAGAAACUGGCAUACUCCAAUUCAAUUCCAAUUAUAAUCUGGGGCUGGACAAGAUUUUUCAUUUUUCAUUGCAGCAGGGCAGCGAAAAAAAUAUCUUUUUGAUUUAAAGUUCGUGUAAACAGUAUGAAUAAUUUGGACCAUGUAAAAAAUUAUUAUCCUGAAAACUACAAAAUGGACUUAUCAGAAACAAUGAAGGCUGCUCUUUCCAAAGGCCCACCCCUUGUUAGCCCAGCAUCAAGUACUUCUGUGGUCACACCUGGUUCUGGUAACAAUCAUGUUGCCCUCGCGGCUGAUGCUCAACAUGGCACAAUGCAAGGAGUUGGCUAUGUCACUGAAAAGCUAUACAUGCUUUUGCAACUUUAUCUGCAGAACAAGGGAUGGAAUCCAAGUGUUGAAUUGUUGCAGUGUUUUUCUGAUCUGAAGGACAGUGCUAUGCUUCCGAGUGCUGCCUACUUGCAAAUUUUAGCUAAUCGAUUGACUCUUGAUGGUCAAGGACGCCUGAUUUUGAGAGAGAAUGGCAAAAUAGUCCUUCCCUUCGAACACUUUGCUAAUGCUGUAAUGCUGAAACAUAUGUCCGGUCCUCAUGGUUUGCAUUUGAGUGUUGAAGCAACAAUGAGGGCCGUUGUUGAAUCGUACACAAUUGGACGUGAUAACUUUGGCAUGGAAAAAGAGUUUAUUGUAGAGGUGGUUCAAUCCUGCCCGUCGCCAGCAUGUCGUUAUUAUAAGACCCACUUGCCAAUGCCACCAAUUCCAUUUAUGGAACAACCUUUUGCAAGUGUUUCACCAGAAUUCUUGCAACAUAUGCCGCCACCUCAUUCUGUAGGUGGUGAAGUUGACUUGAGUAAAGGUCAUAAUAGCGCUCAAAAAGUUCCUCAAUCUAUUGCGCAUAUUUCGAAGCAAAAUCUACAGACUCAAAUAAACAAUCAUCAGCAUCAUCAGCAGCAAUUGCAACAACAGCAGCAGCAUCAACAACAACAGCAACAACAACAACAUCAGCAGCAGCAACAACAACAGCAGCAACAACAACAACAACAGCAACAACAACAGCAGCAACAGCAACAACAACAACAGCAACAACAACAGCAGCAGCAACAACAGAUAACUGCUGCUAUUAUUCAACAACAGAAUCGUGUAAUGGCUCAACAGAGUCUGGAAAAAUUUAGUAAUCUUUCGUCGAUUGAAAAACAACGAGUGCUACAGCAACUGGAUAAAAAGCACUACGAACAGAACAUACCCAUUCCCGUUCCAGGAGGAAGUGUUGCUUUGCAGCAAGCUCAGGGAAACAACCCACAUCAUAUUCCCAGCUCAUCUCCACAUCUACCACCACCACCAUCCCCAUCAACAAUUUCUUCACACACAGAUCAGAAUCAAAAAAAUAUUGAUGUUUUACGUUCCAAUCUAGAGUCCUUAGAGUCGAAUAAGGAUUUAUUAGCGUUGCACAAUGGAGCAUGGGGUGGACAAGAUGUACGCGAAGGCCAAACAGUAGGGCAAGAAAAAAUUGUUCGAGCCUUUUCUGAGUUAAUGAAAAACAUGUCUCGAAUGAAAUCAUACAUACGUCCUUCGAUGUGCAAACCUUAUGGCAAGCAGAGUGAGAGCCUUCAAAAAACCCUCUUGGAUACCAUCCAAUUGGUUCAAUCAUUGAGAAACUGCCUACCUGCUCCUCAUAUUCCUGUCAGCUCAUGGAAGAGUGAGGAUCGCCAUCGUAAGGACCCCGAAGGAGUUCGAGUUGAAAGCAAUUAAUUUAUAUUUUCAAUUCAAUAUUUUAAGUAAUUUAUUUAAAGGCAAUUUAAUUAUUAAGUCGAUUAUAAUUAUAAUUAUUAUUAAAGAAGCUAAAACUGAAUUGGUGAGUAAGGUAUUAGGAUUUUUAUAUUAAUUCUUUUUUUCUAUUAUUAUUGAAUAAUAAUAUAUUUGGAUAAAAUCCAGGGUGCAAUAAAAUAUAUAGUAUUGAUGUAAAUCAAAUUAAGAGAAGAAGAAAAACGCUGUGAAUAUUCGCUGAGCGUCUAGAAAAAAAAAGUAAAAUCUUAUUUUUAACUUAAAAAAAAGUAACGUGCCAUUUAUUUAGAAAACAAAAUUAUGAAUAAAUAAUCAUUUUUUAUCAUUAUUUAGACUAAAUUUUAUUUUGGGGUUCUUAAAAAAAUAUUCCUAAAGAAGACAUUUCACUUAAUAUUAAAAAAAAAAUUAUGUCAACAAAUUUAAAAAUUGGCAGUUUAUAUCUGUGAUAAAAACAAGCAAAAGAAAAAUAUAACCGUUUGGGAACUUUGGCACAUGAAAUUUGUCUGCGUAUUGGAUUGAGAGGAAUAAAUGUGUUUGUGUUAUGUAUGAUAAUGGUAGUUAAAUUAUUAUUCGUUUCAAAUUAAGAAUAAAAUAACUAUAUUACACAAUGAUGGCUGGCUGAAUAAAUUAACUACAUAGAAAUAAAGAGAAUGGUAACGCACUCAUAAAAUAUUUUAAUUUUCUAAAUAAAGAUUCCAAUAGAUCAAAUAGAAAGGAUCUAAUGUAAUAUUACUUUUUUAUUUCACUUUUUACUUUAAAUCAAUUUUUGGGAAAUGUGUUUUAAAAUUGAAAAACCGUGGAAUAGGUGGAACUUUUGAUUAUGUGGGCAGUAAAAAUAAUCUCUUACUUGUUGAAUUUCUCUAAAAUGCUUUAGGAACCACUCAGUAUCAUCCAGUGGCCAAUUUUAUUCACAUUACCCAAUUAAAUCCUGAACAUUUUAAUCCCUUUUGAAUAAAAUAAACACCCACCGAAUAAGUGUUACAUAAAUGUGCAAUUUAUUCAUAUUAUGUAUUUCAACAAUCUUACCCACCAAAUGUACCAGUUUGCAAUAAAAAUAAUUUUAAUAAAUACUUUUGUUUCCUUUUUGUAAUAAAAAUUAAAUAAAUUAGUUAUAAAAAUGCAAGAGACUUUAAGGCUUUAUUCGAAAUCGGUUGUUACACCCAAUUAUAAAUAAAUUAAAAGAACUAUUAAAUAAUAAUGAUUUGUAUCAGUAGCAUUAAAAAUAUCCUCGCACGUCACAAAAACAAUGUAUUGCUUAGUUUAUUAUAUAAUAAUAAUAUAAACAAAAUUAAUCAAACAAUUCCUACCUAAAUAACUUUGAACAAAAACAAGAGCAAAUCGUUUUGCAAUUGCAAUUAAAAACAUUUGAAUUUUGAAUUACAUACAUAACCAAAUCGUAAAAUAUAAAAAUCAAAAAAUGUAAUUAAAACAAGUUUAUGUCAAUUGCUAGUUUGUUAGAAGGUUCCUGUAGCAUUGCUCUUAAAAAGAAACAGCUUAACAAUAUGAUAAACUACGCGGUGACAUGUAUAAUAACAGGUUAAAAUAGUAUUAUAAAAAUAAAGAAACAAAUUUUUUCUUCUAUUAACAACUAAAAACAAAAUUUGUACAUCACAUGGGAUGUUAAAUUAUAUAUUGUUUAUAUCGAAGUAUAAGAACCAUAAGUAUUAAAAACAGUAGAUUUAACCUCUUAUUAAUUUUUGUUUUAUUAAAUACAAAAAUAUAUAUCAAGUGUCAUUUUUUAAUGCACAUCCAUAUAAUUAUUGAUAAUUAAACAAAAAAGUAUUACAAAAUUAUUAAUUAUUAGAAACAAAAAAGAAAUCAUUUUUAAUAAAUAAAAACAAAUCUAUGUGCCAUAAAUGGUUUAAAAAUAUUAUAAGCAUUUGCAUUUGCUUGGAAAAAUAAAAAUUAUACUGCUAAUAAUUUUUUUUAUUUAAUUUUUAUUUUUACUUAAUAGAAAUACAAACAUAAAUUAAAAUAUAA